CCCAGCAGAACUGAAGCUUGUGCAGCCAUAUCCCACCUCCUGACGUGUGAUGAAAGAACAGGAAAUGGGCGCCUGGGAGAAGCGGAAAUUGCAGCAGCAGCAGCAGAGCUGGGAAGCACCAGCCAGCAGCUGCAGAAGCGGUGCAGUCAGGAAGUGAGCUGGGAACAAAAUUGUGUUUGUAUGUGAAAUAUUGCACCAGGAGUGACAAUCAUUUAUAAACAAUUUCUUAAUUAGAAAAUAAAAGAUGUGGAAGGCUACUGCAGGUCACGCCAUUUCUGUCAACCAGAGUGAUGGAGCUGAUGACUGGGAGACAGAUCCUGAUUUUGAGAAUGAUGUGAGUGAGAAAGAACAGCGCUGGGGUGCUAAAACUGUGCAAGGAUCUGGACAUCAAGAACACAUCAACAUUCACCAGCUGAGAGAGAAUGUGUUCCACGAACACCAGAGCCUCAAGGAGAAAGAGCUUGAAACAGGACCAAAAGCUUCCCGUGGCUAUGGAGGGAAGUUUGGUGUGGAACAAGACCGUAUGGAUAAAUCAGCUGUUGGCCAUGAAUAUCAAUCUAAGCUUUCUAAACACUGCUCCCAAGUGGACUCAGUAAGAGGUUUUGGAGGCAAGUUUGGAGUACAAAUGGAUAGAGUUGACCAAUCUGCUGUGGGUUUUGAAUACCAGGGGAAAACAGAGAAACAUGCCUCUCAAAAAGAUUACUCAAGUGGUUUUGGUGGUAAAUAUGGAGUGCAGGCCGACAGAGUAGACAAGAGUGCAGUGGGCUUCGAUUACCAGGGUAAAACAGAGAAGCAUGAAUCUCAGAAAGAUUAUUCCAGAGGCUUUGGUGGUAAAUAUGGGGUUGACAAGGACAAAGUGGACAAAAGUGCAGUUGGCUUUGAAUAUCAAGGCAAAACAGAAAAGCACGAAUCACAGAAAGACUAUGUGAAAGGAUUUGGAGGCAAGUUUGGUGUACAGACAGACAGACAGGACAAAUGUGCACUUGGUUGGGAUCAUCAGGAGAAAGUGCAACUGCAUGAAUCCCAGAAAGAUUAUUCAAAAGGGUUUGGUGGAAAGUAUGGGGUACAGAAGGAUCGAAUGGAUAAGAAUGCAUCGACUUUUGAAGAUAUUGAGAAACUGUCAUCAACUUAUCAGAAGACCAAGCCAGUAGAAGCUGUGAAUAGUAAAACAAGCAACAUCCGAGCUAACUUUGAAAACCUAGCCAAGGACAAGGAACAAGAAGACAGAAGGAAAGCAGAAGCUGAGAGAGCACAGAGAAUGGCCCAGGAGAAACAAGAACAGGAGGAGGCGAGAAGGAAACUAGAAGAACAAGCUAAAGCCAAAAAACAAACUCCACCUCCAUCUCCCACCCCACAGCCAGCUGAUGAGAAGCUGCCCUCAAGCCCAGUUUAUGAGGAUGCAGCUUCAUAUGAGUCAGAUGCAACCUACAAGAAUUCCAAUACAAUAUAUUCAGCUGUACAUGAGCCAGAAUCCAGCUACAAAACUGAAGAGUCAGACUACCAAGAAGCAGUCAGUCAGCGGGAGUCAGAAUAUGACCCAGAGACAGUCUAUGAAGUGGCAGGGGCAGGAGACCUCUAUCAAGCAGAAGAAAAUACUUAUGAUGAAUAUGAAAAUGAACUUGGAAUUACAGCCAUUGCCCUUUACGAUUAUCAGGCUGCGGGGGAUGAUGAGAUUUCCUUCGAUCCAGAUGACAUCAUCACGAACAUAGAAAUGAUUGAUGACGGCUGGUGGAGGGGAGUGUGCAAAGGCAGAUAUGGGCUCUUCCCAGCCAAUUAUGUUGAGCUGAGGCAAUAAAGAAUAUUGUCAACCGA